UUACUGUGUCAGUGUCUCAGGAUAGGAUACACAGCUGCGAACAAAUGGGCAACUCUCAUCUGGCAUCAGUCCCUGGCACUUGACUUAUGUAGAGCAGGAUUCUGCAUCAUGGGAAUGUGAACCAUUUGGGCUCAGCUGAAUGCAAAGACAGCCAACAGUAUUAAGAAGAAAACAACAGUGAGAGACAUGCUCAGCCCUGCUCCAAUCAAUCAGCCAGGAAUUCAAUAUCAUGUGCAUUUCAGUGAAGAGGGAGAUGCCAAGAAGAUAAAAAAAGCUUGCAAGGGAGCAGGAACAGAUGAAGUUGCUAUCAUCAAAAUCCUUGCAAAUCGUACAACAGCACAGAGACAAAAGAUAAAAGAGAAAUACAGAGCUUUGUAUGGAAAAGAUAUGGAAAAAGUGCUAAAAGGAGAUCUGAGCGGGUGCUUAGAAAAGACAAUUUUGGCCAUGCUAGACCUUCCCUGUGAAUUCGAUGCCAAGUUGCUGAAGGAGGCAAUGAAAGGAGCUGGAACUAAUGAAGAAUUGCUCAUUGAGAUUCUUUGCACACGGGCCAACUCACAAAUUACAGCCAUCAAAGAAGCAUACAAGCAAAUGUUUUCAAAUGAUCUAACAAUUGAUGUUCAAGGUGAAAUCAGUGGCACGCUGAGGAAAUUGCUGCUCUCAUUGCUUGAGGCUAACAGAGAUGAAGGAAUUGAAGUCAAUGUAAACCUGGCUGAACGAGAUGCAAAAGAGCUAUAUGAGGCUGGCGAAAAUCGCUGGGGCACAGAUGAACUGGCAUUUAAUACUGUAUUAACGAAAAGGAACUGUUUGCAGUUAAGAGCUACUUUUAAAGCCUAUGAAACACUCUAUGGUACAGCCAUUGAGGAAGUGAUCAAAACAGAAACAUCAGGCGAUUUGAAGAAGGCCUAUCUAACAAUUGCUCAAUGCACAAAGGACUGUCAGGCAUAUUUUGCCGAGGUGUUACAUGAGGCGAUGAAAGGUGCAGGAACCAAUGAGGACACACUGAUUCGCAUCGUGGUAUCUCGCUCAGAGGUUGAUCUUCCAUCCAUUAAGGAGAGGUAUCAGGAGAUGUACAAGAUAUCUUUGGCAGAAGCAGUCAAAUCUGAGACGUCUGGCGAUUUCCAGAAAGUUUUGCUGGCCUUGAUAAAAUAAAGGCAGUCAAUCCUGUGACACUGUUUUAAUCAAUAUUUUUAGGUGUCCCAUCUUCAGUAACAUGCAAUGUACAAAGCCACGUUGGUUGUUAGAUUUGAGAUGGCCACCAGUGUAAUACUACCAUAAAUUAUUGCUUUCUAAAAAAAUAUUGUGAAGGUAUUUCUUUUGGGGAAAAAUAAUGAACUGAUUAGAUUACUUUCAUGAGAAAUGAACAGAGAGCUGAGGGGUGGAUACUAAGUAGAUUGCUGUACCAAAGAGCCAGCACAAGUACAAUGGGCCAAAUGGUUUCCAUUCUAUGUAUCAUUCUAUGAUUAGAACCUGAUGUUACAGAUCAUUCGUGGAAUCUGAUUGGUGGUGGCAUCAUACAUAUUGUCGUCCAGAGUUUUAGAGAGUUAUAGCAAGGUAGAGGCUCUAUGGCUGACCAGGAAUCUCUCCCAUUCUUACCACCUGCCAUUGGUGUUCAUUGGAACGAUUUGCAAGUUGGUGAAAACUGAAAGAACUGUGGAUGCUGGAAAUCAGGAACAAAAAUAGAAAUUGUCAGAAAAUUUCAGGU